GCGGUGAACUUUGAAAUCUGAAAAAGCAUAGAGUAACAAGGCCAGAGAUUCACUGCAAGUCAAAGUAGAAAACAAAACAAACAUCCCUUAUGAACGAUCAAAGGGAGGAUGUUCCAUUUUUAGAUUUUAAAAAUUGGAAGGAAUCGAAUCUUUUUAUGGAAACCAAAUCGUGCGAUGGAAAUUCAUAAUUUUGUUGUUUGUUUUUUUUUCCCCCCUCUCGACUAUCGCUUUGGUCCGGCGAGCAUUUCGUGGUGUUGGAAAUUGAACAAAUAGCCAAACGAUGGCAGCCUUCCAACUGUCUAAAAAAAUGUUCUUGACGAAACGAAAAAAAAAAAAAGCGACAGCAGAUGAUAGAAAUGGCGUGAAACACUGAAAAUUGGCGAUCUCAACUCGAACGACUCCCUUUUUUUUUUACAUCCGUAUUGUAGCCUACGCCAACUAUUUCCAUAUUUUCCACGUCGACCAGACCCAGUGCAGUCGUCAGUGGUUUGCCCAGCAGGCUGGCCGCCAGCUCAGCCAGCUCCCGUUCUAGAUCUCGUCUGAACUAUAUAUGCGGACCUAGUUGCAAAAAAACUGCUGUUUUGCAUAGUGAGUGCCACUUGGGAAUUACUUGAACAUUCAUCGACAGUGAUUGCGGGAAAAACAAAUUGGCGUUACAUACACAAUUCAACAGGACAACAAAAAACAAACGUAGACUGUAACCAUUAGUGUGAGAUGGCCAGUCAUUCGAUGCCCAAUGGGCGAGGUUACGGCGAAACCAAGUCUCCAACGGCAGCGCUGGCUCGACAGAGCAGCAUCCGCAAAUCAUCCGCUGGGGACUUAGGGUCCAGCACGCUUCCAUCGCUGGGAACGGCUGGCCGUCUUGUUGAUUACGAGGCAUUGAUUCGACAUUUUGACUGUCCCGUGUGUCACGACUGGGUCACGCCGCCAAUCGUCCAGUGCCGCAAAGGCCACAUCGUCUGCGGACCGUGUAAAUCAAAAGGCUUGAAAGCAUGUCCAGUCUGCAAACAGCGCUUCAGUGACGUCACCAACUGGAUGAUGGAACAGGUGUCGCUUGUCAUUGCCUUUCCAUGCAAGUUCCAGGGCAAUGGUUGCAGAAUCUACAGCGAGCUGAUACACAAGACGGCCCAUGAAGCUCUCUGCUCUUUCCGGCCCGUCUCCUGCCAGUAUGGCAUCCGUGGAUGCACCCAGAUAUUGCUCUACCAUCUGAUGGAAAAGCACGUCCUCGAGUGCCGCUUUAAACCACCUAAUCUUCACUCUCAGUUGAGUUCGUCAUCACACGGCAGCUCCAACAACUGAUCUGAAUUGUAAGCGGCCUUCUGACAAUCAACCGACACGAGGGCCAAUUUAGAACGUUACUUCACGUUACAUUAACACAACAGACACACACACACACACACAGACUAAUCACACUAUUCAAGAAAUGUUACGUCUACGUGUUACUCAACUACGUUUGUAUUGCAUUAUAUUUCACUCCUUUGAAAAUAUACUGUACAUCCCCGUCA